UAAUUUUAAUUUUGAAUUUUUAUUUAUACUUAAGCUACUUUACUGCUUGACUACUUUUUCUCUCUCACAUCCCAUUCUACACAUGGUUUGAAAAUUAAUCUUUAUAAACAUUGAUUUUUUUUAUGUCAAAAUCCUGCCCAUAGAGUUUCAAUAGCUUCCCCCAUAGUCCAACGUCUUAUCCCGGACUGGACAGUCUCUACCAUCUCCCUUACUUUCUAGUUCCCCGAUUUCAUUUUUUCUACUCCCACUGAGAGAAUGCCUCAUCAGACUAAUCUAUCACUCCUAGAGUAAAUCUAACUUUUCUUUCUUAGUGCAUCUUCCUGGAUUGGAUCUGUGUCUUUCUAUUUGUCUAUGUUCUACUCCUCCUUCAAUUCCCAGUCCAAGUUUUCCUUUCUCUAUGAAGUAGUCUCCAAACAUCAUGGCCCUCUUCACUGAACUUUCCUGAAGUCUGAGGGCAUUUAUUAUUUGUAGUGCUCAUCUGGCAUAUGGCACAGACUAUCUCAUAUUCUUCUGUUUGCCUAUCCUUUAUGUAGCCUUUCUACCACACUAUCUCAGUACAUGGGACCAGACCAUGUCUACAUGUUACCUAGAAGUACAGUACAUUCAUCUUGGAACACACAACAAUGCUUAAACAAGUUUUAUAGCUAUGGGAAUGAAAAAUCUCAGGAUUUAUUUGCUUAUUCUUUUGUUGAGUACUAAAAAAAAGUGGGCUUUAUCUCAUAAUAUUUACUAAAAGGAAAAACUUGUAAUCAAGUAAUCAUAGUAAUUUAAAACUCCUCUGUGAAAAGUUCUAAGAAGCAGAGGUCUGUGGGGGCUCUUGGGAAGACAGAGAUCUCUUCCCUGAGAAAGGAGAAAAUCAAAGUGGUUUGUUUCAGCUGUUUUUCAGCUGAAGACACUCUAUUGGGUACAAUUUAUCUUCACUUGCAAGUACAAGUAGGAGCAGAAUGACAUUUUUUAAAAAAAAGCACUGGGGACAUUUUGUAAAUAAUGUGGAAAAUAACACUGGACUAAAUGGAUCUAUGUUUGUGAUCUGGACCCAUUAGAAGUCUUCUCUGGGCCCUUAUUUCCCUCAUCUGCAAAAGGAGGUGGCUAUGACUGAUGAUUAUCUACAGAACAUGUAUGUCUCCUUUUCCUCCUCUCAAAUGAAACCCCAGCUUUAGUAAGUUGACGUUCACCAUCAUGUGACUCAGGAAAGUAGACCCUUAUUCCCAGUCCCAAAGAUGGUCAGGAUCUCUUUAUAUAAAUCACAGUAUUUGCUCAUCUCUGGCAUAAGGCCUAACCAUUUAAUAAAAGUGCCUCAGCUGGGAAGCACCUGGGAAGUUACUUCCUCCCGAAAAAACAGUGCAGGAAAGAACGACUCUCUCACAGCUUUCUCUGAACAUCAAAGGCAUGGCUACUGCAUCCACCUUAUUGACAAUCUCAGCAGAAAAAGCAAUGCUUUGUAGAGACCAAAUCCAAAUCCCAAGAACAUCAGGGAAACUGUCAUACUACACCCAGAGUCCAGCCUACCUCAAAAAUCCUUAUGUGAGAUGAUAAAUAAAUGUCCUUGUUUAAGCCAGUUUGAGACGGUUCGAGCAGAGUUUUCUGUUAUCUGCUCCCAAAAGCAUCCUGGCUGAUUCUUGAGAGAGCCUGGACUACACAAGCCCUUGCAGUUCUAAAAUUCUGUGUUUCUACAUGUUUAAAUGAUUUAUUUUACUACAAAGAUAUGAGCCAUGAAAUCAAUUGCUUAAACCUAGAAAUUAAGACAUCUGUUUGCCAAGUGAAGUGAAUGAAUGAGGUAAUUCCCAGCUCUUCAUAGUCAAAACAUAUGUAGAAAUUGAAUUCCACAAAUUAUUUAUAUUCUUAAAAUUCUGUAUGUUUAUAUAAAUUAUUAUUACUGCUUAUACUUGGCACUUAAUAUUGAUUUAAUUCAAUGUAAAGCAUUCAUAUAUGCUGGAAGGCCACUGCAUUAUUGAACAAAUUAUUUUAUCACGUUUUUAUUUUAAAAUCAUCACUUACAUCCAUAGUUGAGAAAACAGAAAUCACUCUAAUUCUGACUAACAAAAUCGAUGUUAUUAUUUGGGGCAUUCCGUCCUGAAUUACAUUUCCUUCAGUUCAUCAAAGGGAACAGAAUCCGAAUGUUUGUCAUAUUAUUAAUCUGGGCCAAAGAGCAUACCAUAGAUCUAUUUUUGACUGCUACCUGUCCCUCAGGUAACAUAAAUUUGGUUUCAAUGAAAAUCUCAGUUUUUCUUCCCAAGUCUCUUUAUAAAUUAUAAUUUCAGUCUAAAGAAAUAAAUAAUGACUUAGUUGCUUUCCAUCUUUAUACAACAUCUAAAAUCACUAUGAAUACAAAUGAACACAUCCCAGGCUAGUCAGGUACUUUAGCUCAAUUAAGUAUAAAUCCAAAUUCUCUAAGGAAAAACAAUGAAUUAAUUAAUUUUGCAUUCCAUAGCUUUCUUUGCUGCUAUGUAAGGUGUUGUUAUUGUUUUACUAGUCUGUGAUUACAAAAUUCACUCCUUAGAUUGACUUGUUUCCCCUUACUGAAUUGCCUGGUGAAAAGGUUGAACAGAAUGGCUAAUUUGGAGCCCUAUAGGAAGGUUUGGAUCAGACUGAGAGUACUUAGCCUGCAGUACAAUAAUUUCCCUUAUGACUAAUGCAAAAAAUCUAAUAAUCUAAUAUUUUCACAAUAACAUGCAAAAAUGUAUACAUUGGAUAACAAUAUGAGUGAGACAUGAAAAUUAGAACACUUUAUAGGUGUACAAAAUACUAAAAGAGCUAAAUUUUCCUAGGAAAAUUAUGUUAGAAUACUUAUAAGCUUGUAAAUCAAAAGAAACUCUUGGAAAAAUCAAUCAAUGCUUCAACUAUAAAAUUUCUUUAAACAAUCUAUUCCAAUCCAAAUGGUAAAAUCUUGAAUAUAGUGUGUGUGUAUGUGUGUAUAAUAUUAAACACUUUGAUCUUACAUCGCUUUUAUUUGCAACUGCCACUCAGUUGAAACAUUAAAAGUUCAUGAGGAUGAACUGUCAAAUUUAUCCAUAAUGAUCAUAGUUUGUGCUGCCCUUUCAAAAAACAUGGCAACAUUUUUCUUCCAAGCUGUUUGAUUUACAACAGAAAAACAAUAUGCGACUGUUGAUAUCACAGAUUCCUUUUGAGAAGAAAAAUAACUUCAAAUCUUUUGAUGAUAAUAGUAUAAGAUCUAAGUUCCUUUGACACAACACAUUUUGCAUUUACAAAGAUUAAAGGGAUGCAAAAUUCUAAAGUCUUUCAAUCCUGAUGGGCACUUCUAUGUUCUGGCCUCCUCUGCACCUCGCUGAUGAAAUAAUAAGUCGAAGCAAUGGUUCUGAAGCCUUCAAAGUGAACAUGAAGUACAAUACAGCAUAGGAAAGUCAAAAUUCUUCCCCUUCUCUUGCCAACCCUGACUUCUCUGAGACUUGCUGAUCGGAUUCAGAAAGUAGAAUUUGAACAUAACUGGCUUGGAGAUGAAUGAAAUAUGUAACAUCCAACUCAGAGUUUAAAUAAAACUCUUUAAUCUCAAAAUCAGACUGGAUACCUUGUGGUAGAAGGGGAUGUCUAUUGGGGGAAAAGAUGAGUUCUCUUUCCCAAAUUAAGCCAGGGAAGGGAAACUUGUAAUCUUAUAAAAUCAACCUUAUAAAACAGCUACAUUUGAACUUCAUCAGCACAGAAGGUUUACAAGGAAUAACACUGAUCUUGAUUUGUAGUUUUCUAACCUCUGGUAACAUUUGGUGAAGUAGUUCUUCCUUUCCAAAAAAUGGUGGACUGAUUAGGUGAAUUAUUUCUGAAGUGAUUGAUUUGCCUUUUUAUCUUCAUUAGCAAUAUAGUGCUGUUUCCUGCACAAAUCUAAAUGAGAAUACUUUCAUGAUUUCUAUAGUUUCCCUGCUUUGCCAUACUAAUAUUGAUAACUGUAGCUCUCUGAUGAAUUGAAAACCUAAAAAGGGCAGAAUUUGCAAGUGAAAUAUACUCAACUGGUGUAGAGGGACUGUAAAAAUCUCUGCCAAUGAUUUUAAUUAUGAAUGGGUCUCACUGGUGGGUUGGUUUGAUAAUCAUGCAUGGCUCAUCUCCUGCCAGAAUGCCUUUCAUUUUAUCAAAAUCAUUCCCCUCCUCUGUUUUUUCUUGCUUCUGAUCCAAACAACGAUUGCCAGUUUCAAGCUUUUACUUUAUUCCAGACCUUACACCAGGAGCUUAAUAUGUUUUCUUUUUAACCUUGAAGAUAACAUUACAGUACAUUUCUAUUUCCAUUUAAAGAAUGAAGAAACUGCCAUUCAGAACUAUUCAAUAUAAAGCAGCUAAGAGGUUGGAUUUAGAUUUAAACUCUGGUCUGUCUGGUUCAAAAUUUCAUGUUUCUCCUAACACUACACUACUAUAAGAAGUGUUCAAGUCAAUAAGGGCAAUUAUUAUGUAGAGAGUUGAGAGAAUGAUAAUCCAAACUCUCACUAUUUCAUGAAAAAAAGAACAGAACUUACUAAGGAUUUUUUUUUUUGUUUUGCAUUACCAUCAGUGCAAUAAAGUAAGAAGUCUCUGCUCAAAUGAAAUAGAGUUUAUCUGUUUUCUGAAGAAUUUGAUAAAGUUUAUAAAACAAUUUUCUAGCAAUGUAACUUUGAGCUCUCUAUUACAAAAAACAUGCAUUUUAUAUUUGGGUUUAAAAAUAAGCACCAAGUGUUGGAUAAGUACUUAUCUCUGUGUUGGUAUGUAUUUAUAGUAAAGACAUUUAAAAAAUCAAUGAAAUUUAUUCCAAAUAACAAAAGUGUUAUCACCUGAAGACUUGCAAUUCCUAGUCUAUUAGAAGACAAAUACUAUACAAUAGAGCACUCAGAUUCCAGACUUUGUUUUUUGUUUUUGUUUUUGUUUUGCUUCUGUCAUCUGUGGGGCUCAUUGUGCCAGUAUAUGGUCUGAUCUGACAUAGCUGGAGUUUUCCUCAAAAGCGAAGACAGUCAUGCAUGUGCACACACACACACACAAAUUACAUUAGACUAAUAACAUAUAUAUGCGAUAGUAUGCAAUAUACUGCAUAUUAUCUGCAACAUAAAUAUGCAAGUAAUAUGCUACUUAUUGCUUGAGUCUUCAUUUAUUAAUAGCAGCAGUAAAUUAUGAUUAUAUCAAUGUCUCAUGUUUACGGCCAAUAUAUAACAGGACUGGAGAGAACUUUCAGCAUUCGGUAGCUGAUUAACUCAAGAUCUAGGAGAAGCUGUUGCAUCUGUGAACCACAAAACUUCCGUACACAUUUUGAGUAGAGUUAUGUCUUUUAUUCCAAGUAUUUAAGAGCCAGAGGUUGAUUCUUAGCAGAAUUCUAUAUCAGAAGUAUACCAAUUAGCUAGUAUGUUACCUCUUCCCAAGGAGUGAGUUCUUAAGAACUUUAUGGGGUAAAAAAUACCUUUUAGAUUAUAUAGUAGAAAAUGACCAUUUUUUUUCUGUGUUCCUAAAGAUUUCUUCAUAUAAGUUGAACUUUAUUCAAUUACCAUUUGAUCACUUCUAAUAUGAGGGUCUUUAAUGACCUUAAUUAUAAUUUUAUUUAAAAUAUGCAGAUAUAAAGGAACACUGCACAUUCAGCUGGGUGCCUGGCAGAUACAAUAAGCUGUUCCAAAUGGAAAUGAAUUACACAUAUCCUUCCAAGUGGUAUUUCCUCUUGUAGGUCAAUCCAUGCUCACAAAGAGUUCAUGGCUAAAAAAUGCUUUUAAGAGGAUUGACACCUUGUAGAGAAAGAGAAAUUUACAACUUCCUGCCAAGACUUGAUUCUGUCAGACUAAAGAUGCAACUUGCAGAUGUCCUUGCCAAUUUAUGAAACAGGUGCCUGGUCUGCCUUAAAGGAAAACAUGACGUGACUCUAUAUUAAAAUAGGAAAAGGAAGCAAUGCAAUUUGUUGUUUACCAUGUGUUAUUAUGGGAAAUCUAUUAUAAAAGGUGGAACACAUGGGUUCAUGUGUAUCAGUGAAGCAGUCAGAAAAACUAUCCCUUAUUUAAGACAUAAUAUCACAAUAAACAUUCAGGAAGUAAAAUCUGUCUGUAGAGUUGGGCAGGAGGCAAUACACAAUAACAUAAAAAGGAGGGGAAAACAUCGCAGUGAAGAGCUCUAGUUCUGUAUUCUCCCAGCACCUCAGCUUUCUUAUCUAUAAAACAGGAAUAACAGUAACACUACCAACACAGGGUGUAGGGCUGGAAGGCAUAGAGAGGGCUUCACAUACACUAGGAGCUCAAUACCAGUUCUUCUACUUCCUCCUCCUUUUACAACUAUCACUGUAAUAAUGUGAGUAAAGGGUUUUGCAUGGCCUGUCAAAGGAGAUGCAUUUCUCAUCCCUUCAUUACUCUUGCACAAUUCCAUUUUGUCAUAGAUAGAGUUUUGCACAGUCACUUGUCAGAGAUAGAAAGGCAAGUGCUUUUCUAAGCUGAAAAAGGUACAAACUUUAGAAAGAAAGGAUAGUGUGUCCCUGACUGCUUUUGGAAAAGUGAAUUCCAGUGAACCUCCUUGCUUCGGUAGUAAGCUGGGAGACACAACACAUUCAGAGAGAAAACAGCGGACAAAAUCAUCCAUCAAAGUCUGAGACUGGGAAUUCACCAGUCUCCAUGAAAGGUCUUUGCUUUUGCAUGACAGGUUAUUCCAUCAUUCUGAAACAUACUUCCCACUUUCCCAUGGGUUAAACUUGUUCUAUGAUCAGUAGUCCAAUUCAGGUUUCAAGCAAUCAUUCACUCUUAGUUCUUUCAAAUGUCAUAAAUUGAUACGCUGCUAAACAUUAGUUUCUCAUAGAACGUUUCCUAGUAUUUCUCAAACUGUGAUCAUUUUUAUGCCACCAAAUAUUCAUUUUCUUGCCAAAAGCAAGAUAAAUUUAGAUAUCUGCCUUCUCCCAAGGUAUACUGAAUAAAUUGGUCUUUUGCCAAAAGGCUGUUUAGGGUAGGUUGGGGAGUUAAACCACAGCAACCGUGCGAUGAGAGGGACAAGCCUCACUUUUCCAUUCAGUACCUGUAGGCUCAUGAUGUCAGUAAGCCUUCCAGGGUCUCAGUUUUCUCCUCUAAUAAACAAAGUACCCUAGAUGAUAAGAAUUACAUAAAUGCAUGUGGAUAUGUUCUAAGCUAUGAAGCAUCAUCUAACAUAUUACUUAUGCUUUUAAAGGCACUUAAGCACAAUAUGACAUUUUAGAGUUCAUAAUUACAAAUGUGUCACCUGGAAUACAAAAAUGACAAAUAUGCCCGGUUAUUAGAAUGCACACUUUACAAUGAUAGCAGUGUUUGUCAUGUUCACUGGGCUGCAGAAACACUGGAACAGUGCCUCACACAUAGUAGAUGCUCAAUCACUACUGUUGAAUGAAAAAAUGUAUAGUGUCCUUUGUUAAAGAUAACAAUUUAUAAUAUGCUGCUACUUGCGAUUAUUUUAAUAAAUGGUCGUAUUUUUUCAUUUAUGUUCUGUCUCCUUUCUAGGGAAAGUUGAAUUGUUUUGCAAAUAAAAUUACAAAAUCUGAGUCUAACACUAUUAGCAUUCAAAAUAUCACCUAAAAUAUGUCUGAUUAAAAUAUGUCAAUUAAAUUUAAUUUACUUUAAAUAGCCAAGAGAAUAGGAACAACAUAUACAGCCAUUUAUAAACAGCAAAUAAGAAAUGACAGUUUCCAGAUUUAUAUUUUCUACAUAUUUUAAAAAUUCCUAUGACAUUCACAUGUUCUCACAUGUUCUGUAUGUCAAAAACUUUUCAAGUUAAUAUUCAGUGCAUUUUCUAAUGUUGAUAAUUCUAUAAUAUAUGCGUUGCUUAAUGUCCACUGAUUUGGAUCCAUGGGGAUGACCCCAUUACUAACAUUUUCUUAUAAGCUAUUCUUUCAAACUAUAUAUUACAACUUUUUAAACUAAAAUUUUUUUGCCCCUAGUUUUUUGUAGAGAAUGAUUUUUAAAUGUAAGUUAACCAUGGCUGCUAUUUUAAAUACAGCAUUAACUGUCUUCCUCGCCUCUUAAAAAAAAUUUAUCAUGUUUUUAAAAAUUUUAUAAAUGAUAAAUUUGCAUUAAACCUUAUAUUGCUUUUAAUCUCCAUGAGCCAGAUAAAAUUUCACCUUCGGUUGUAUUUAAUUUUGUCUGUAAUCUGACCGGGGUCUUGAUUACUCAAUCACCAAUUUCUCAGGCCAAUUAACAUUUACAACAUCUUUAGAAUAUGAGGGAUGCUUUUUAUAAGAAGAAUAAAUUUUAUUUGAUAUAAUGUAAUUAAAGCAUUUUACCUUAGUUGUAAUGAUCAUUAGUUGUUUUUUUUUUUGUAAUUUCUAUGUAGCCAUCUACAUGACAUAGAAUUUGUUAUACUGUAGUUGCAAUAGAGAAUAAAUUUCACAAUGUUCCAUGCACUUUUAUAUGAAACUUUAAAUUGCACUAUUUCAGUUAGCACUUCUCUAAAUAUAUAAAUGCAGUUCAAUAAAGUUUGCCAUAGAGACCAUUUCUGUGAUCAGAGUUUUCUCAUCAUAAAAAUUAAGAGAAUGAACUAAAUGGAUUCUGUUAAUUUUAACCAUAUGAUACCAUAAUUGUACAAACCUGAUUUAAUGCUGACUUUUCGACAACUGCAAAUGUACUUAGAUGAGAAAAUGUGAAGUUGAAUAUAAUAUCAUGGUUACAAAUGCACAGACCAUUUUGAAUUGCAGGUCUAAAAGAGCGAUUUUUUAAAUAAAACAUUAAUAAUAAUAUGCAAACUAUUCUCUUCCAACCCAAAUAUCACCAAUAUUUUGAUAUGCACUUGAAACAAGACCUAGAAGAAACAUAAAUAUUACAAUCCAUCUUAUCUCCGGAAGAUCUGGAUGUAUGAAUAUUUGAUCCUGACUUUCUCAUACUACAUUGAGCAGAGAAUUAAUAUGUAUUGAGUGUGCCCUAUAGGUCAAUAACUGUCCUGGGCAGCCUGAGAACAUUUUCAGGAGCAACCCUUAAAGCUUAACAAUGUAUGUAGUUUAGUUUUUCAACAGCCACAGAUAAAUUCAGUCUGUCUAACUUUCUACCUAAGGGUUCAUUUACUCCCUUUUAUGAUUGUUGUUUAACAUUUCCCCUACCACUUUGCCGUUACCUUUAUUGUUGUUGUUAACAGACACGGUAAUUCAAGUUAUAGCAAUGUAAGCAGGCAGACACAAACUGAAGAUUACACGAGAGAGUUGAGAAAGAGUCCAAGCUGAAGUGAACUUCAUGCACAGGUAGAAAACGGAAAUCAGUAAACGACUUGGCCAAAAGUAGGAAAAAAUCAAUUUAGUUUUUAAAAGAAUGGAAGAGGCUCUCGGCUUUCGGCUCGGAGGAGGCCAAGGUGCAACUUUCUUCGGUCGUCCCGAAUCCGGGUUCAUCCGACACCAGCCGCCUCCACCAUGCCGCCGAAGUUCGACCCCAACGAGAUCAAAGUCGUAUACCUGAGGUGCACCGGAGGUGAAGUCGGUGCCACUUCUGCCCUGGCCCCCAAGAUCGGCCCCCUGGGUCUGUCUCCAAAAAAGGUUGGUGAUGACAUUGCCAAGGCAACGGGUGACUGGAAGGGCCUGAGGAUUACAGUGAAACUGACCAUUCAGAACAGACAGGCCCAGAUUGAGGUGGUGCCUUCUGCCUCUGCCCUGAUCAUCAAAGCCCUCAAGGAACCACCAAGAGACAGAAAGAAACAGAAAAACAUUAAACACAGUGGGAAUAUCACUUUUGAUGAGAUCGUCAACAUUGCUCGACAGAUGCGGCACCGAUCCUUAGCCAGAGAACUCUCUGGAACCGUUAAAGAGAUCCUGGGGACUGCCCAGUCUGUGGGCUGUAAUGUUGAUGGCCGCCACCCUCAUGACAUCAUCGAUGACAUCAACAGUGGUGCUGUGGAAUGCCCAGCCAGUUAAGCACAAAGGAAAAUAUUUCAAUAAAGGAUCAUUUGACAA